UUGGAAAAGUGUCGAGCACAGGCACUUAAUCCUGCAACAACCACAGAAUUCUUCAAGUUACUUAAGGAGAUAUCAGAGAAGUACGACAUUGCACAGGAGAAUAUCUACAAUAUGGACGAAAAGGGGAUACAGUUGGGGAUAGGGAAACGUGUCCUGGCAUUGGUUGAUCGCGACCAAAAGGAAGUU